UUGCAUUUCAUAAUCGCAACGUUCUUUCUUGAGCUGAGCGCAUCGUCAGGAUUCCGAACAGCUGCAGAUUCAUAAAGGUCACGAUUAACUUGACGCCACAGUGUUACCAGCGAUGUACUCCUUAUUCGCUUUGAUUUCGUUCGCUGUGUUUUUAACCGCUCAAGGAUUAAGUCCGCGUGAAGUACAGAAAUCCGCAUCUGUAAUAAGCAGCAAACCCAGUGAUAAAAGAAACAAACGGAGUUUGUUCCCAUUUGUUGUUGGUGAAACCAUUUUGGAUAUCCAGUGUAAACAAGGUUACCUGACCGUAUGUGCUCCUGAUGGACCGUCGGCCUGUCCUAUUGGCUAUUCAUCACAGACCAACGUUGGUAUUUGUGGAUUUGCUACGUUGAACCACUACCUGAACACUUCAAACCUAGCCGGUACGUGUUGCUACAAGUCACCCGUCGCAGCGACAACCACGACCACUGCGAGCUCGGUAAAGAAUACCAGCAACAUUCUCAUCCCGCAAAUCAUCGCCUACCCGGUGUAUGUCCAGUAUCCGUACGGCAUGAACAACUACAAUCCGGCGACGCCCAGUAAUUAUAACCCCAACUACGCCGCUCCAACUCCGGCACCAGCAUACCAGUACUACGCUCCACCCACCCCGGCACCGGUGUAUUACGCGCCACCCACGCCAGCGCCGGUCUAUUACGCUCCGCCUACUGCAGCACCUUCCUACUACGUGGCUCCGCCUUCCAACUACGCCGCCCCACCGGUCUACCUUCCUCCCCUGCCCACCUACACACCGGCACCGGUGCCCGCGCCCGCUCCUAGCUACAAUCCGUACCUAAAUAUCUAUGGAUGACAUGGCCAAUAAUAUAAUUAAAUCCUUUUUUUGUGAUUUUUGUGUAUUCCAGUUGCUGGUGCUUGGUGGUGUUGAUGCUUGUAAAGUGUAGCAGAAACCUUUACCUAAAAUUUUGCUGGCAAAAUAUUUAGGUAAACUAGACAAUCCGUUGAAAUUGUUAUAAGUCGGGAGUGCCUGAAUUGUGAUGUGACUAAUAUUGUAUUUUGCGUAGUGUUUGCAUUGCGCAGUUUUGACGCAAAACGAAGUGUAUAGUACUUUGCGUACUAUAGUGACUCUGACAGCGACUGUUAUACGGCCAUGAGAAUAACUGACAUUAGCUUAAUUAAGCAGCCGAGAAAUGU